AUGGCUGAACCAACGCCGUCGCCAAAGGCGGUACUGCGAGGGCACAAGGCCCAGAUCCAUGCCGCCACGUUCGUGAGACACAACGAGCGCCUCGCGACGGGCGAUGCCGAGGGCUGGGUUGUGCUCUGGGACCUGACCAUCAUGCGGCCAAGGGCCGUGUGGAGGGCUCACGAAAAUGCAAUUCUCGGCAUCAGGGGAUGGGGCCGCGAUAACAUCAUCACCCAUGGCCGCGACCACAAACUCAUUGUGUGGAGGAUCAGGGAGGAGGACGAGGGUCGCCUCAGCGCCGCGCUACCCCUGGAAGAAACCCCCACGCCACGCCCUCAGCCGUGGGUGCUUCACCUCCUCGAGGUCAACACGAUGAACUUUUGCUCAUUCGCUGCAUGUCUCGGUGACGCCGCCCAAGGAUCUCUAGACGCUGCCGCCUCCACGGCGCAGGUCCUUCUCGCCGUCCCCAAUACACUGGCGUCUGAAGCCAUUGACAUUUACACCCUCCCAAGCCAAACCAGGAUCCACACCAUCAAGUCUAGCCAGACCAAUGGCAUGGCCAUGAGCCUGUCUCUUUUCCACCACCAGGGGUGUUUGACACUCGUUGCAGCAUUCGAAAACGGAUUUGUCUCUGUACAUCGGCUUGACUCUGAUGGCGCCUGGACGAUGACUUACCGGUCUCAAGCACACACGCAGCCGGUUUUAUCCAUAGAUGUUCAUCCGAACCGAGAGUGCUUCUUCACUUCGGCAGCAGACGCCUUGAUAGCGAAGCAUCCUGUUCCGACUUCCCGCCAGGAAAAACUGAAAGAAUGGGAGCAUCCACUCAAAGUGGUUAACACAAAGCACUCUGGCCAACAAAGCCUCAAAGUCAGGUCCGACGGAAAGCUGCUGGCCACGGCUGGAUGGGAUUCCAAGAUACGCAUAUACUCAGCAAAGACCUUGAAGGAACUGGCCGUGUUGAGCUGGCACAAAGUUGGAGCCUAUGCUGUUGCUUUUGCCUCUGUCGACGAGCCAGGCGCUCCUUCGGCCAAUUCUCAACCUACAGCGUCCGAGCAGGCUUUUGAAAGUGACACGAAAGAUACCACUGAUGCAUCUCAAGAAAAGGAUUCGAUUGAGUCUUGGCAGAUUAGGAGCCUGACAAGGGGGGCAGGAAUGAGCGUCAAAGACCGCAGGCUUCACCUUGCAAAGACAGCACACUGGAUUGCAGCCGGAGCAAAGGACGGAAAAGUGAGCUUAUGGGAUAUAUACUGA